AUGAAUCGCAAGUUAGGGCUGCGCCGCUCAGUGGGCCGCUUAUGGCAUCAUUUCUUUUUCCACACGAUGCCGGAAACUUCUGACCCAGCGCCGAUCGCGCAAUCACCAGCUCCUGCCCCGUCUGCGCCAGAGAAGGCCCCACCCGCGACCGAAAACCCUCCGCAGACUCUCCCGAUCCGCGACUCAAAACCCGCCCAGCCCACCGAAAACGCGCCCGCGUCCACAGAUGGUGCCGCAGACAAGGCGCUUAGCCCAGCUGAGUUAAAGAAGAAAGCCAAGGCCGAGAAGGCUGCCCGACGUAUCCGAGAGAAGCUUGAGAGGGAAGGAGGUGCCCCCGGCAAUGCCACUAUCAAUGCCGGUGCUGGAGGCCAGACUCGUCCGCCCACUACACCAAAAAAGGAAUCUGCUGGUCCUGGUUCUGCACAGAAGGGCCCGCGGGGUGCACCACCCCCGCGACGGGGCUCUGGUCCCCUCGCGCAGACUGGGUCCGUCCUCGUGGAGCAAAAGAAAAAGAAGGAUGAUAAGAAGGUUGCUGUCUUUGGACAUUUGUACGGCCAGCAGCGCCGCACAACUGUCGCCGGUGCCACAAAGGAAGUACACCAUGCCGUCCUGGCAUUGGGUAUGCAGUUGAUGGACUACACUAUCUGCGGUAGCAGUGCACGCUGCGUGGCCACGUUGAUUGCUUUUAAACGAGUCAUCGAAUCAUACACAACUCCCUUGGGCACCUCGCUGGCUCGCCACUUGACUACACACCUCUCGCACCAAAUCACCUACCUCUCGACUUGUCGACCCCUCUCAAUCAGUCAGGGCAAUGCCAUCCGUGCCCUGAAGUUGUCCAUUGCCUCCAUUGAUCCCUCCACCCCCGAGUCGAUCGCUAAGAUUACCCUCUGUGAAUUUAUCGACAGCUUUAUCCGGGAGAAGAUCACCGUCGCCGACCAGGUGAUCGCAGACAGUGCCGCACAAAAGGUCCAAGAUGGCGACGUGAUUGUGACAUUUGCCGGCAGCAGCAUCGUUAAGGAGACUCUUUUGUUAGCACACAACCAAGGCAAGCGAUUCCGCGUCUCAGUCAUCGACUCACGGCCGCUCUUCGAAGGCAAGAGCCUUGCCCGCGAUCUCGCAAGGGCCGGACUCGACGUCCAAUACUCCCUCGUCCACGCCAUCACCCACGCCAUCAAGGAUGCCACCAAGGUCUUCCUCGGCGCCCACGCCAUGACCAGUAACGGCGGCUUGUACUCACGUGUCGGCACCGCCCUUGUCGCCAUGUCCGCCAAAGAGCGCGCCAGCGGCGUUGAAAUCCCAGUCAUCGUCUGCUGCGAGACAGUCAAGUUCACCGACCGUGUCGCCCUCGACAGCAUUGUCGUUAACGAGAUCGCCGAUGCCGACGAGCUGCUGCCCAUGGAUUCCCCAGCCUCACUCGUCGCUAGCCACCCGGCCGAUGCGCCGGCCCCUCCAUCUGAGAAUAAGAAGGGUGCAAACCGCAAUGCUAGCACCCCAGCCCCCGAGCCUCCGGUUCCUUCGCAUAACAACUCAUCUUCCCCUCUUGCGAACUGGAAGAAUACCCCCCAUCUGCAGUUGCUGAAUAUCAUGUAUGAUGUCACGCCUGCUGAAUAUGUCGACAUGGUCAUCACGGAGAUGGGCAGUCUUCCUCCCAGUGCGGUCCCCAUUGUCCACCGCAUGGUUACGAAUCUGUGA